GGGCAGUGCGGCGGCGGGCGGCGCGCGGCGCGGAGCGGCGGGAGCGCUUGCGGCGCCGGGACCCUCUGUGCGCGGCGCUGCUUGAGAGGCGGGGGCGAGGGGCCGCUGCCUGCCGGCCAUGUCGGGCCGGGGGAAGUCCGGCGGAAAGGCGCGGGCCAAGGCCAAGUCGCGCUCGUCGCGGGCCGGGCUGCAGUUCCCCGUGGGGCGGGUGCACCGGCUGCUGCGGAAGGGUAACUACGCGGAGCGGGUGGGCGCCGGGGCGCCGGUGUACCUGGCGGCCGUGCUGGAGUAUCUGUCUGCUGAGAUCCUGGAGCUGGCGGGCAACGCGGCCCGCGACAACAAGAAGACGCGCAUCAUCCCGCGGCACCUGCAGCUCGCCAUCCGCAACGACGAGGAGCUCAACAAGCUGCUGGGCGGCGUGACCAUCGCCCAGGGCGGCGUCCUGCCCAACAUCCAGGCCGUGCUGCUGCCCAAGAAGACGCAGAGCUCCAAGAAGUGAGCGCUGCCCCCCGUCCCCCCGCCCCCAGCUCCCUUCUCACCACUGCCUCACCUCUCCUCCCACUGGGGCUGCGGUUCCCCGUCCUGCCCCUCAGCCCUGGCCGGUGGUGAGCCCUGGCAGCACCCACCAGCCCUUCACUGCCCCUCUGCCCUGGGCCGUGGCAGGGUGCUGGGUGAGCAUGGGUGAGGUCGGGCCCUGCUUCUGCCCCCACUCUGCCUCUCUUCCCUCUGGAAGAAGUGGUUUUGGAGGAGGCAGCUGGAUCGCAGUUGCUGGCAGUGGUGACAUCUGGAGCCGUGCGGUUAGGUCACGGUGCAGAGCUGCUGGUAGCUGCUGAGGAUUGUUGUGGCUGGCAGAGGGAUGGACGCAGGCGCCCCCGGCUGCCUCUCCCCUCCGCCAGCCCGGGACUGUGCAGGGCCCCCCCGGCUAGCCCUGCUCGCCCCGGUGUGUACUCGCUGCUGCCGUGCCCCCGCCUCCAUCCUCAGCAAUGCCAUCCUGGCCGCACUGCAGCUGCGAGGGCAGGGGGCUGGAAAACGUGAAGAGGAGAAAAAGUUUCUCCAUCGGCACGGAGUGGCUGUUAGUCUUAGUUUUGUUCAUGGUUAAACUAGUGCAUUGCCUACUGUAAAGAAGCUUUAGUCCUAUUUAUUUUAAGGUUUCUAUUUUUGGGUACAGUCACCUCCCUGUAAAGUCACCUCCCUGCAGCUCCCUGGCUCGGUGGGUGCUGGGGUGCUCGGUGUUCCCCAAGCCGUGGGUCCCGGUGGCGGGGUGGGGUGGAGGCUGCGGUGACAAAUCCCCUCGGAGAGCGUCGCAAGGUCAGGCGCCCGCCGGGAGCGGGAGCUGCCAUCUUCUGCCAUGGCUCCCCUCCUCUCCCAGCUGCAGAAGCCCUUCGUCUCGCUGAGAGCUGCCCUGUACCCUGGUUGCACUUCUGGAAAUUACAUACUCUGUCUCUUUUUUUUGUUGUUGUUUGUUUGUUCAGCACUAUUUCUGGCUCUGAGAAAUAAAAGUGAUGAUGAUAUCUGUUAAUUGUAACCCUUUAUGGAUUAAUAUUUCUUUUGAAAACCACUACAGUUUGCAUUAAAGCCCACUCCUGGCUAGUGCCAUGUUUAUUUCCCGGCUGUGUGGCUAAUGUUGAGCAUGGGGGCAGGAUAGCUGUCCCGUGACCCCGUGAAUAGGUGAUGCAGAGACAGCUUUCCUGCUGCCCAGCUGCUUCUGUGAGGCUGAUACGUGUGUGCAUGCAGCAGUGUCGAGGCAGUCCCACCUAGACCUUCAUCACACGGUUUUUAAGUAAAAAAAAAAGAGUAUCUUCUAUUUAUUUGCUGUAAGUAGCAUGUGUUCAACCUAUUGAAUCAGCUGUUAAUCUUGUGGAUGAAGUAUCUUACCCUGGAUCUGAGUUUAAUGUUACCUAGAGUAGAACCUGGAUGCAUGUCAGCUGGCUUAAUGCAGGGGAUUUCCAUUCGGGUGUGUGGGAGCGCUGUGUGCAUUGGUGUGGUGCUGAUGGGGGUCUGGAGGUGUCCUACCGUCCCAGUGGGGUGGGGACAGCAGGGCACAGCCCCCCGGGAGCUCUCUGCCUCCUGCAGGGCUGUUGCCACCAGCGAGGUGGGGAUGAGCAGUUUCCUCUCUGCUGCCCAGUAUCCUUAGUGUCUGUAUCCUAGUGUCUUGUUCUCUCCCUCCUGUUUUCUCCAGGACCAGCAUUCUGUAAACCUGAGAGUGCUUUGUAUUUCUUAGAAAAAUGCAGAACUUGUGAUUCUGAAAAGAAUGGUGCAAACCUGAUAUCUGAUUAAACUGGUUCCCUGUUGAA